AUGAAAAGGAAAAUUGGGCAAUCUAAAAAUUCAAAAGUUUUAAUAACUGAUACAAAUUAUGAAAACUCUGAUAGUAUACUUAAAAAAGAGGUAGAACCUAAUAGUAAAAGGAAAAAACGGAGGAAACUGAAUUCUGAUGAAGCAGAAUUAAAAAAUCUGAAAGAUAUUGAAAGUAAAUAUAAAAGUAAUAUUGAAAAAGAAAAAAGUACUCAAAUAAAUGAGAUUUUGGAAGAAUCUGAUGAUUCAAAUCACGAAAAUACACAAAAACUAGAAAUAACUAAAAAAGAAAGCAACGAAUUAAAUGGAAAAUUUUUAAGAAAUGCAUUUAAUAGUGCUGAUGGAUAUGCCAUCCUUCAUAAGUUCGUGGCAUUUUGUGAUCAAAACGCUACAAAUAAAAAAAAGAAUUUAGUUGAUGAAUAUUUAGAAGCUGGUGGUAGUGUUUUAGAAAUACUUAGAUUGCUUGAUAAUUCAGAUAAAAGAAAUGUUAAUAAUAUAACUACAGUCUUUACAGCAAUGCAUAUUAUAAUCAUGAAAAUUUUAGCAAAGUAUCCACAGAAUCAAUCUAGUACAGAAGAAGCAUGUCGUCAUUUAAUAAACUCACAUCUAAAUUCUAUACAUUCAAUGUUAUCUAGUCAAGGAAAAGCAAAGCAUCGUAAAGUUGUUCUAAGGUUAUUAGCAGCUAUUGUGUCAUUAGGUGGAACAUUACCUCAUGAAUUAUUGAACCAUUUAUCAUUACACCCACAACUUGUUGAUGUUUUAACUUCACAUUCCAAACCUUCUGAUCCUCAAAAUGUGAGAACAUGUUUUAUACACUUAAUUUUAGCUUUUCUUAUUGAAGGUAAUGCAACCAACAUUAGAACAUUACUUGAAAAACGAGCAGUUUUUUCUGGUAUAUUUUCUGGAUUAGUUUAUGAUCAUUCAGAUGUUGUUCAACUUGUAUUGGCAACUAUGAAAAAAUAUGUACUAGAAAAUCCUACAGUUAGUAAAACUAUGAAGCUGCACUUAUUCUCUACUCCUGUUAUAAAAAACAUUGUGUCUUUAUAUCAUUGGAAAGGACCCGAAAAUUGGCGAAAGCAUAAUAAUCAAAAUACAAUACAAGAAUGUGUUAAUCCUGAACAAAAAAAAAUAAUUGAUAACACUGUGCAUGAGUUCCUAAUAACUUUAUUGACAUCAAGUCGUCAUGGUGUAGCUUUUUAUGAUAGAAGUAUGGGGACUGAAUUUAAUUCAAAACAUAAUCAACUUAUAAAUACCAUACUUCAAAGUUUAGAUAAACCUUGGGAACACAAUAAAAUUUCAGAUUUAGUUAUUAAAAUACUAUCUGCUUGUCCAGAUUUAAUUAAACCACAAUUGAUUUAUACAGAACCUUUCUUGGCUCCACGGAUUUCAAGAAACUGGAUUGGUGUUAUACAAUUUGUUAAAAAGAUAAUUAAUAAUAUUAAUGUAGAAACUUGCUUGAAUUUAUGCUCCAUUGAUGUGUCAUUGCAACAAUUGGCCAAUCUAACAUUAAACUUAAUACUGCCACCAAUAAUUAUUAAAAAUGCUAUUUUUCCUUCUAUGGAGCAUGAUAAUAUCUUAAUUCAUCAUGAAAUCAUUGAUGUCUUACUAACGAUUCUGAAAAAAAUUGAAAGUCUUCUAAUAGGAUUUCAAAAUUCCAAGCAUAACAGAUCAGAGUAUAUACAUUUUAAAAACAUUGUAUCUGACUACAUGUCUAAGCAUAUGCCAACCUUUGAAUCAAUACUUAAUAUAUGGACCAGUGCUUUUUCAGUAAUUAAAGAUACUGAGAUUAUAAGUGAUGAUUUGCUACAUUCACAUGUAAAUGUAAAAGAUCAUUUGAUGGCAAUAUUGAAUGUCUUACAUGUUUAUAGUGAAAAUUUUCCAGAUAUUCUGUAUAUUGAAAAUUUGACUAACGUUAAAAAUCAACCUGUAACGUUAUUGACGAAUUUAGAUCAAAUUGAAAAUAUUAAUGAACAAGAUAUUGUUGUCAUGAAAGUGAAAGCUUUAAAAAUUUUGACAUCUUUAAAUAUUUCAGAUUUUCAUCCAAAUAAAAAUCUUUUUAGUUCUGCACUUUCAUUUUUAAUGAGCAAAAUGGGAAUGAAUAAUAUCUUAUUAGAUUCAGAAGUGUUCAAAACAAUAUAUUUAUUAUUAAAUAAAUGUGAAAUAUUUGAAGAGCAUAAUGAUGAAGUUGAAAUCUUUGUAAAUGUUAUCACCCAUUUUAACAGCCCAGAGCAUAAAUUAGAAAUUGCCAAUUGGAUAACAAAGAUAAUAAAACGUGUUUCUAAACAUACCGAAAAAUAUAUGUCUGUAAAAUACAACAAUGAAAAAAAUACAAAAGACGAUCUUUUGGAAAAUACUAAACAAGAAGAUAUUUUCACUACUUUAAAUGAAAAAAAUAUCAAAAACGUUAAAUUUUUAGUUCCAAUAUUGCCAGCUAAUUCAUUAUCAUUGCUUGUAUAUGGUGCAGUUGAAAAUUAUCGAGAAAAUAGUUCUCAAACAAUAGCUAAUUAUUUGUCUUAUGUUCUGACUUACAUUUUACACUGUCAAAUUUCACCAAAAGCAUUAAUAUCUUUGACUGAAGAGUUGGUUAUUCCAUUUCAAAAGUAUGUAACAAGAUGGAAAGAGAAUCAACCUUCAACGUUGUCAAAAAAACUUUUUAAUUCAAAAAAUGUUUUUUCGGUAUUUAACAAAAUAUUGCUUAAUUGUGAUGUAUAUGAGAUAAAAAUCGCUGAAUCUAAAUUAUGUAUUCAAUGUGGUGAUAUUACCAACGAAUAUCAGUUGACUAGUUUUGAAGUUAAAGCUUUAUUUCGUAUGGUGAUCUUUUAUUUGGUACAAUUGUCAAAAGAAAAUAACAAAGAAUCUCAAAAUUUUGUAAUGUAUACAAAUAUACUAUUAGUAUUAUUGAAAAUUGCUGAAAACAUGAAGUCUACUGGCACAGACACAACAAAAGGCUGCAUUAAAUACAUUUUCAAUCACCCAAUACUUUUACAUAACUUUCAGCCAAUAUUUACAGAUUCAAAUUCAACAAAAUUUAAAAUUACAACAUUAAUUAUUGAAGUUCUAAAAUCUUUCACAUGCUUUGAAAAUAAAUUUUCAACGUCAAAAGUAUUUUAUCCUUAUCAAGAAAAACUUAUAACACAAAUAAAAUCAUUCAUUCGUAAGCAUAAAGAUAGUGAGGUAGAAUCAGAUUUAAGAAUUCACCUAGAAGUUAUUAGUUUAUUAAGGUUAAGUAAGGAAACUAUUGUAGACUUAAUAAGUAAUGUUAUGGUAUUAGAAAAAGAAAAGUUUAUUACAACAGAUAAUUGUGAGUUGUCAAUAUGGGGAAUUAUUAUUCCAGAGUUAAUUAAACAAUUAUCUUCAAAACCCGUUUUAAACAGAUCAGAAUUCAUAAUUACAUUGAGCGACCAAUUAUUUAAUAAAUUGAUUAUAUAUACAAUUGCUCUGAAAAGGCUAUGUCAAAAGGAAAUCAGUAUAUUGGAAAACAGUUUAUAUGAAUACCUACUGAAAUUUCCACAUUCUAUUUUUAUUAUUGAUGGAAAUAUAUUUACAUCUUUCCUGAAGAGUGAAAUAACACCUGUGUCUGAAAAAAUAUUAGAAUUAUUAAUUAAGCGAAAUCCUAAAUUUUUAGCCACAUUUAUCAAGCAUACAAACAAAAACAAUAAUAUUUUGCAUCAUAAACUUCUUAUUUUUUCAAUAAUUUCAUAUAACUUGAAAUAUAGGUAUGAUGAAAAAUUUUUACGAAAUGUUUUUGAGCUUUACAAGGCAGAUAUUAUGAAAUACUUAAUAAAUGGUGAAGAGUGCUUUUGGAUAAAAGAGUACAUAAAUGUUGUAUCACAUUUAAUUCACAAAUAUUUGGAUUCAACAUUAUACCAAGAUGUUAUCAACGCAAUUUUAUCAAAUGAAAAAAUACUAAAUUUAGUGUGUGAAAAACGCGUAAAAUUUAUAUUUAGUUUAUUUAAAAAAUUUUCGAAAACAGAACCAAGUAAUUUAAGAAAUUUUGUACAGUUACUUCUUCAUGUAAUUGUGAUAGUAUUGAAAAAGGAUUCAAAAAAUAACACAAAAUUGAACUUUUUAUGUCUAAUCUUGAUGGAAUCUAUUCAAAUUUUGAAAGUUGAUACAGAAUUUGUAUUUGACGAACUCGUUAAAUAUAAUUCUUGGUCACAAUUCACUCGUAUCAUGUUAAAGUCUGGACUAAAAAUGACAAAAUAUAAUCAAACUGAAGAUUUACUAUUAAAGGCAUUAGUUGCCACUUGCGAUGUUGCUUACAAAAAUAACGGAAAUGAAGAAUACACUAAAACUAUUUUUGAAAUGACAAUAUCACAUUCUGAUUUUAUGAAUGUGAUGCUUAGUAAUACAGAGAUCAAAAGUGAUCUUAUCGAAUUAUUAUGGAUUUUAGUCAGAAAAAAUCGUUCUCUGGUGUCAAUAAGUCAUAUCCCUCUCUAUUUAGCUGCAUAUAAUGCCACCUUGGCUAAAAGCGAUCAAUUAAUUUUCAGGCUUUUAGAAUUUUAUGAAAGUAAUAAUAUAAAAUUAAACGAGUUUCAUCCGUAUUUAUGGGGCAAUGCUGCUGCAAUACAUUAUAGUGUUAAAAAUGAAUCUGGUACAGCUUUGUGGAGACAACCUUCGACAUCGCAAGUUUUGGACCUACUAAUUUCUUCAAAUGUGGAUAAUACAAUUCGAAAUUUUCCUACACACAGAAAUUUGGAGGAUGAUUUUGCAAGCAAUGAAACAUCAAACGAUCAAGUAUAUGACCCUGCAUUUUAUUUGCCAAUAUUUAAUCAGCUUUUGAGGGAUAAUAAUGUUGUAGCUUGUCAUAAAGUAAUCCACAGUGGUGCCUUAUCUUUGACAAUCAUGGCAUGUAGUAGUAGUUGUCAAAAAAUUCGUUUAAAAGCUUUUGAUACGAUUUCUAAAUUUACAUUUCAUUUAGAAGCCACAAGAUCGAAAGAAAAAUCACUAUGGACCAAUUUAUUAGAAGCCAUGCACAAUGGAAUAAAGAAAUUGGAAAUAUCUAUCGAAAAUGUUCAGUUGAAUGGAUUCGUGGCAACUUUUCUAGCCCGAACAUGUUUAAUUAUAACUCAACCUCUAAAUCCAUUAUACUCUCCACUUCAUUCAUUUCUUAUGGCAAAACCAGCAAUGAAUUUAAAUACUAUUCCAGAAUUACUACAAUUAUAUCACAGUUCAGAAAUCCAUUAUCAAAUUCAUAGACAUUGGAUUCUAGAAGUGAUUAGAGAUGGAUUAAAAACUAAUAAUGAUAUAGACGUGGCAUUAAAAUGUGUGUUGUUCAAAAUGCUGUUUGAUUUCUAUUUUUCCUCAAUAGCAGAUAAAAAAACAAAAGACCUUAUUCUACAGAUUGUAAAGUCAGCUACGUUAUUAACAAAGUUGUGUACAAUACUUAUAAAUGGUUAUUCUUUAUUGCCAUGGUUGGUAAAUGUUACUAAAAUUCUUAAAACAGGAGAUGCAAUCGCGAUUAAGCAUAUCGUAGAAAUUAUCAACAAUAUUAUCAAUACCUUCAAAGAAACUAAGACUCGAGAAGUUCAUCAUAAUUUAUUGCUGAUAAAAAUACUGCUUAGUCUUAAAAAUAAUUUUAAUCAAGAUUUAACUGAAGAAUGCUUCCAAUCAUUUAUUAAUCUUAUGAAUCAAACUAUUACCAAUCGGACAAUUAGUAAAGCUCUAACAAAAGAUGAUUUGAAAGGUUUAAUUGACUUUUCCAAAGUUUUUGUUGAAGAUCUAAGUGAGUGCAAAUUAAUGUUACAAUUCGGAUGUGAAUUUUACAUUAAUCAAGCUCUUGACCAAUCUAUAUCACUAAAAGACGCUUUAAUUAGAUUGCUUAUUACGUGGAUUACUUAUAACAACGAAAAAUGAAAAUCCAAUUUUUGUAAAUAUUUUUAUAGAAAUUUAGUG